AUGAGCGGCCGAGUUGGGGACCUGAGCUCCCAGCAGCAGGAGGCGCUGGCCAGGUUCCAGGAGAACAUCCAGGACCUGCUGCCCGCCCUGCCCAAUCCUGAUGAUUACUUCCUCCUGCGCUGGCUCCGAGCUCGGAAGUUUGACUUGCAGAAAUCCGAGGACAUGGUCCGGAAGCACGUGGAGUUCCGGAAGCAACAGGACCUGGACAACAUCCUCACAUGGCAGCCCUCAGAGGUGAUCCAGCUAUACGACUCGGGGGGUCUGUGUGGCUAUGACUACGAAGGCUGCCCCGUAUGGUUUGACCUCAUCGGGACCCUUGACCCCAAGGGUCUCCUCCUGUCAGCCUCCAAGCAGGACCUGAUCCGCAAGCGCACCAGGGUCUGCGAGCUGCUCAUGCAGCAGUGUGAGCUGCAGAGUCAGAAGCUGGGCAGGAAGAUUGAGACAGUGCUGCUGGUGUUUGACCUGGAGGGGCUGAGCCUGAAACCCCUGUGGAGGCCAGCUGUGGAGAUCUACCAGCAGUAUUUUGCCAUCCUGGAAGCAAAUUAUCCUGAGAUGUUGAAGAAUUUAAUCGCUAUUCGAGCCCCCAAGCUGUUCCCUGUGGCCUUCAACUUGGUCAAGUCGUUCUUGAGUGAGGAGACGAGAAGGAAGAUAGUGAUUCUAGGAGGCAACUGGAAGCAGGAGCUGACAAAGUUCAUCAGCUCCGACCAGCUGCCCGUGGAGUUUGGGGGGACCAUGACUGACCCCGAUGGCAACCCCAAGUGCCCGAGCAAGAUCAACCACGGGGGCGAGGUGCCCAAGAGCUAUUACCUGCACAACCAGGUGAGGCCGCAGUACGAGCACACGGCCACCGUGGCCCGCGACUCCUUCCUGCGGGUGGAGACCGAGGUCCUGUUCCCGGGCUGCGUGCUCAGGUGGCAGUUCACAUCAGAUGGGACGGACAUAGGCUUUGGGGUUUUUCUGAAGACCAAGAGGGGAGAGCGGCAGCGGGCGGGGGAGAUGACGGAGGUGCUGCCCACCCGGCGCUACAAUGCCCACCAGGUGCCCCAGGACGGGAGCCUCACCUGUGACAAGGCCGGCGUCUACGUGCUGCUCUUCGACAACACCCACAGCUUGAGGCGUCCUAAGAAGGUCAGCUACACCGUGGACGUGCUGCUCCCGGACAAGGCCUCCGAGAAGAAGAUUGAGGGUCUCGAGGCGACGAGACCCUCCCCAGCACAGUGA